AUGGUGGCUGUACACAUUGGCCGUUCCACGCCCAUCGCUGAAGCGUUCGUGGCGGGCGAGUCCGCCCCUGGUGCUCCCACCCCGCCUCACGACAGAUUCGAUGACCUUGUCGAUCUCAUGAAGGGUGACACUGAGUCUGCCGAAGACCAGGUCAACAAUGGCAAGGUGCCCAAGCCUCCCCCGGUCGUGGUCGAGGACCCGAUCGGUGUCACCACCGGCUAUGACAAGGCCAAGGCCGAGGAAAACUUCGGCUACCUCAAGGACGCCCAUUCGGUCUGCCAGAUAUUCACCAACAUCGACCUCAUCAAGCAACACCCGAAGGGUUUUGACAUUACCAAGGAGGCCGCCGUGGCAUUCAAUGUCCAAGCCAAGCUGGCAUACAACGCAAUGACGGGCCCCAUGGCGGGUGUCUACACCUUCGGCGAAGGCGUGCACACGGAGCACAGUUUCGACAUCCUCAUGAGCGAGAUCCAUGAAAAGCUCCUGGAGACCAUGUUUGACGGCAUGGGACUAGAUAGCAACCACAAGAAGCAAAUCGACAGCCAGAUCACCAACUUUGUCAAGGCGCUCAAGAAUAUCGAGAUUGGAGGUGACCACAGCAAGCUCGACUUUGCGCUGCGCUUCGGGCUCGUGCCAGCCACCAACAUCUCCGCAGACGAUGCGAACCCAGUGUACGCGUUUGAGCCCAUGACGUACCUCGUCUACCUAACAAUGGACGCCGACGCGUUCAAGAAGAGCAUCAGCAAGCGCAACACUCAAGAGAGGAUUCAUUUCAAGUACGAGCACGUCGUCUUCAAGGCCGACCUCAACCCCCGAUACUUCUUAAAGUUCCGUCCCAAGUACGACAAGAUGAUUGAGAAGCUCACGGGUAAGAAUCUGAAGGCCUACAGCGACGCUCUCAACAAGCCGGUCAAGAAGUAG